AUGAUUCACUACUCAUCAUCGGCAGCUGAUCCAACGUGUCCUCCGCCGAACGCCGCGCCGGUAUGCAGCCCUUACAACUUGAGUGACGCCGGCACCCAGGAGCGCGUAUCCUGGCAAUCCGUACAGUACGGUGGUAUAGGGUGUCUGCUGCCGCCAAUCCAGUACCCUGGCGAUAACCCCGACGAUGACAGAAAGACGACGAUCUACCAAUACAUGAGUUGCCAAACUACCACUGAUCUCAAGGAUCCUAGGUGCACAGACUGCAUCAAAGGAGCCUAUGAGUUCGUGGCGGAGUCUUGCGGUAGUCAGGUGGCCGGAGCUCAGUACGCCACCGAUGAUUGCUGCGUCCGCUACGAGACGUACCCGUUUUGUAAGAAAAAUUGA